ACCCGAGACCCCGGAGAUCCAGCACACAUGCACGAGAAGUAAUGUUAGUGAACAUGCGUGAGUUCUGAUUGGAUAAACAUGGAGCCAAAAGUGGACUGCUGCCCAUCGUCGGUGCCGAGCUCUCAGCGGGAUCUGCAGCUCCACAUCUACGAGACCAUCAGCGAAGGAAAUGUCAAUAAGCUGGAGAAUUCAGCGCUGGUGCGGGCGGGCAGCGACCCCAGCUCAUACCCCUCGUCCCGACGCCAGAGAUUCAUCCGCCGGAGCCUGUGGUUCACCGAAAACGACGAAACGCAGCCGGACGAGUGUGUGCCGGAGUCUGAACAGCACAAUAACAUACUGAGCAUCGACCUGCGCGCCAUCGUAGACCGAACACGCUCCAGUCUACAGGAUGGGUCGAGUACGGAGAGCCAGAAGGGUCAGACAGCUCCAGAAGAGCAGCAGGAGCAAGCGGACCCUAAAGCGGACUCCACUGACGGGAUGAAAGCCACUCUAAAGUCGGCCAGCGAGGAUAACGAGGAGGAGGCGGAGAUGAAGGCGGUGGCCACGUCUCCCGGUGGACGAUUCCUCAAGUUCGACAUCGAGAUCGGCCGCGGAUCCUUCAAGACCGUCUACAAGGGCCUGGACACGGACACCUGGGUGGAGGUCGCCUGGUGUGAGCUGCAGGAUCGUAAGCUGUCGAAGGCCGAGCGGCAGCGCUUUAAAGAGGAGGCUGAGAUGUUGAAGGGUCUCCAGCAUCCGAACAUCGUGCGCUUCUACGACUUCUGGGAGUCUCCGCUCAAGGGGAAGAAAUGCAUCGUGCUGGUCACCGAGCUCAUGACGUCAGGAACGCUCAAAACGUAUCUGAAGCGCUUUAAGGUGAUGAAGCCCAAAGUGCUGCGCAGCUGGUGUCGACAGAUUCUGAAAGGUCUGCAUUUCUUACACACGCGCGCUCCUCCCAUCAUCCACCGAGACCUGAAGUGCGACAACAUCUUCAUCACGGGUCCCACCGGCAGCGUCAAGAUCGGGGAUCUGGGUCUGGCCACGCUCAAACGGGCAUCCUUCGCCAAGAGCGUCAUCGGUACACCAGAGUUCAUGGCCCCAGAGAUGUAUGAGGAGCAUUAUGACGAGUCAGUGGAUGUGUAUGCGUUCGGCAUGUGUAUGCUGGAGAUGGCCACUUCUGAGUACCCUUAUUCUGAGUGUCAGAACGCUGCCCAGAUCUACCGCAAAGUGACCAGCGGAGUAAAGCCUGCCAGCUAUAAUAAAGUGAAGGAUCCUGAGGUGAAGGAGAUCAUCGGCGAGUGCAUCUGUCAGAAGAAAGAGGAGCGGUACUCCAUCAAGGAUCUGCUGAAUCAUGCCUUCUUCGCGGAGGACACGGGUGUGCGGGUGGAGCUGGCGGAGGAGGAUGAUGGCCUGAAGACCUCCAUCGCCCUGAAGCUGUGGGUGGAGGACCCGCGCAGACUCAAGGGCAAAUACCGGGACGGUGGAGCCAUCGAGUUCAGCUUUGACCUGGAGAAGGAGGUUCCUGAAGCUGUGGCGCAGGAGAUGGUGGAGUCUGGAUUCUUCCACGAGAGCGAUGCCAAGAUCGUGGGUAAGUCCAUCCGGGACCGAGUGGCUCUGAUUAAAUGGCGGAGGGAGAGGACGGGGCCCAGGGCCGAUCCGGGGCCGGCUGCUCCACCGGGGCCUGUACCUGCUCCCGCAGCCACACCCAUACCCAUACCCUGUCUGCUGGAGCCCGAGGAGGAGCAGCAGGGUCUGGCGUGCCCGCUCAGUGCCAGGACCACCACCACCACAUUGGACAGUGGCAUCGGCUCCACUGUGUAUUCAGACUCUCACAGCAGCGGUCUGCAGGAGUGUGUGUCCACCGCAGCGCAGGAGUCUCCAGUCUUGCGGGUCCAGAGUCAUGCGGCUCCAGCUCAGCACAUGCAGACGUACACUCCUGCGUCCUCAGAGUCCUGCGGGACGCUUCUGUCAGCACAGGACACGCUGAAAACAGCACAGCAGAACAUCAGUGCACAGCGGAUCUCCUCCAGCCGGAGCGCAGAGCUGCACAUGCAGACACACACACACCCGUCUGCAGCGCUGCAUCCACACACAGCUGAGAUUCUGAGUCUGCAGUCUGAGGCGCAGAUCUGCGACUUCUCCACUGUGCAGAUCAGCCACACAGGCCCCGCGCCACCUGUCCAACAGCUCUGCAUUCAGACGCCGCUCAUAGACAGCUGGCAGCAUGCAGGACAGUCUGCAUCUAGUGUACCGCCACUGUCUGUUCCCCCGCUGCAGGGGCCAGCUUACCUCACACAGAUAUUUGGACUUGUCCCGCUGGGUCUCCUCUUCCAGGAUGUGAUCCACACACUGCCUGUUUUCCCACGUACCCACACAGUGUGCAGUUCCCCCGCAGCCCAUCAGUACCAGCAACCUAAUGUAAACCACAUCAACACUUUCUCCCAGCAGGGCCACAGUCAGGCCACACCCACAGUGCAUCCAAACCACGCCUCUCUGUGUGCUGGAGCCCCUUCUAUUCAACAAGCUCCGCCCACACAGUGGCACAACCCACCGCCUCCUCCCACAGUACCCAUAAUGCACCUCAGCUUCCCACAAUGCCUCAGCUCUCUCACAAACCCGUCCUGGACACGUUUAGCUCUGCAGUGGACCAAACGCAGACUCCUCUACACACGGGCCAGGGCGUCUGCAGUCGCUGUCCCACAUCCAGGAGCUCCAGAGGCGCUCACUGAGGAGCUGGUUCCUGAUAGAGCCUCAGCGCCGGCUGCGUCCACUCACGACAGUAUAAACUCUGACGCUGCGUCCGGUAAAGAGCUGAGUGAUGGGAACGAGGGCUCAGGCAGAGCUCGCAGCGAAUCACGAGUCCGAAAACAGCACCGCAAAUCAUCCCACACGCGCUUACGACAGGACAAGACCAACAAACCCAAACUCAGCAUGAUCAAGGUGUGCGACACAGGUGACAAGAUGGUGGAGUGUCAGCUGGAGACUCACAAUCAUAAGAUGGUGACCUUUAAAUUUGACCUGGAUGGAGAUGCUCCAGAGGAGAUCGCCACAUACAUGGUGGAGAAUGAGUUCAUCCUGCUGCUGGAGAGGGAGAUGUUCAUCGAGCAGCUGAAGGACAUCAUGGAUAAAGCUGAGGACAUCCUGAGUGAAGAUGCGGAGGGAGAGAAAGCGUCCGCACAGACUUCACCGCUCCGUCAAACACCCCUAAACACACACUCUGUGACGCAGGGCUCCAGAUCUGAGCACAGCCAGUCUGAUCAGCUGGUCUACAAGCAGAACGUGCUCCACACGGGUAAACGCUGGUUCAUCAUCUGUCCUGUGGACGAGACGCCUGCCGCUGACAGAGAGGAGAACAGCAGCAGUAAACCCCAGCAGAAUAAUGACACAGACAGCUCCUCUAUCAUCAGUGUUGAUCCUCCUCCAUCAGCGCCGCAUCAGUCGUGUGUGUCUGAUCUCCAGGCAGCAGACGGCUCUCAGACGGCCUGUCCCACCGGCGUCUCCAUAGUUACAGAGAUCGGCGUUUCCAUGGUUACGGAUAUACCCUGCUGCCCGAUCGCUCCUCCUGCGUCUCUAAAUAAUCCAAAGGCAGACGAGAGCCUCCAGCAGCCCGUAUCUCCCACAUCAGAAUCAGCUGUCAAUCAAACUCAGCCUGUGGUGCUGCAGCAGCCCUUCGCCACGCCCACUCCUGUCGGCAGCAGCCAAUCGCAGCCCCAGAGCCCCACCCAUCAGGCCCAGCAGACGCAGCCGGUGGAGUCGGACAGCGAGGGGCCGCCCCGACUGGAGUUCGCUGACCGCACCAUCAAGACUCUGGAUGAGAAACUGCGGAACCUUUUAUACCAGGAGCACCACCCCUCGCAGAACACAAGCUCCGCCUCUGAGCCACCUGGGUCUCCGCCCCUUUCUGACAGCCAGGGCAGCGAUGGAGCCACGAGGAGAGCAGAACCACUGCCUCAGAUUCCAGAGCGAUCAGACAGUCUCGGCACCCUGAGUGACUCUGCUGUCGCACCCUAUAAGAGGCUUCUGAGCAGGAAGGAGUCCUCUGGCACACACACCUCCAGGAGCCACUUCCAGAUCCUCACAGAUUCAGACGUGUCUUCUCAUGAUGGUGGAGAUCCAGCAGCGGCGGCUCCUGAAUCUACAUCUGAAAACACACACAGAUCCACAUCCUGCAGAACUCUGAGCCACAGAUACUCCGCUCCCGCUGAGCUCUACCAGGAUGCAUGCACAUCAUUUCCAGAGGCCAGACCCACAAUGCCAUGCGCCACAAGCUCUCUGUCAGCUGACGGGACGGGGCGGUGUGUGUCCUCAGACAGUGGUGAGGAGCGACCGCAGCAGGAUUCUGCACCAGUGGCCGGUCCUGCAUCUGACCUGAUGAAGCGCGCUGUAGCAUUCCUGCGGAGAUCCACUCACAGCAGCAGCCUGCAGAGCUCCGAUUCCCCCGCCGGACCUGUGGCCAACGGACACGCCCCCUCAGCCACUGGCCACACCCCCUCCGCCUACAUCAGCAGCGAUAAUGACUCUGAGUUUGAGGACGCGGAUAUGAAGAGAGAGCUGCAGAAGCUGAGAGAGAAACAUAUGAAGGAGAUCUCGGAGCUGCAGGCCCAUCACCGAGGAGAGAUCGAGCAGCUGUAUUCCCGCUUGGGUCGGCCUGUUCCUGCCAGCGUGGGUUUCUUGCAUGCAGCGCCACCUACAGGCCGACGCCGCAGAACCUCCAAACACAAGCUGAAGGGAAGCCGGCUGCUCAAUCCUAUGGUGCAACAGCUGAGGAACAACCGCAGCAACAGCUCCACAGAGACAUGCUCCAGUGUGUCGGGGUCUCCUCUGAAGAGUUCUGUGGUCAGCAGCAGCUCUGUGGGCUCCAGCAGCCCUGUUACUCUGAGCCCUGUGUCAGAGCCGGUGCAGACCCAGCAGCCCUGCUCGCUCAAGGGAUCGCUGUCCUCAGACAACAUCUACAGCCCCGCCACACACACACCGCAGAGACAAGGCUGGACCGUUUACCACCAAACAUCUGAGCGAAUCACCUAUAAAUCUAGUAGCAAACCUCGCACUAGAUUCCUCAGUGGACCCGUGUCUGUGUCCAUCUGGUCCACUCUGAAACGACUAUGUCUAGGGAAAGAGCGCAGCAGUAGGUCUCACAGUACUGCUGCGGCUUCAUCAUCAUCAUCAUCCACAGCUGUUCCUGCCGCUUCAGCUCGGCCAAUCACAGCGCUCGUACAGGCUCAGGCCAACAACAGCAACAACAAAACCGGCACCUUCACUGAUGAUCUGCACAAGCUGGUGGAUGAUUGGGCGAAAGAGACGCUUGGCUCCGCCCCUCAGUCCCGCCCCCCUGUGUGUCAGAUCAGACCAUCCAGAUCUCAUCACGGCUUCCAGACCAGCCACUCUCACAGUCAGAUGCGAGGCUCGGCCUCUCAGUUUGGUCUGCCUCUGUCCUGUCCGCUGACCGCAGCUCUGGGUCCCAUCAUGCCUCAUAACCCACCACCCGUUCUCCAGCAUAGCAGCUACCUGAUGCCUGCCGCACCCUUCGCAGGGAUGGUACCUGCGCCCGUGUACCAGCACCCGUGGCCUGCUCUGCCCAGUCCUGUUGGCAUGUUUGGAAUCGUCCCAUAUCCCACCAUAGCCAACCCAGCCCUGCAGACCUUCCCUAUGGUGCUCAAGAGUCCAGACGCGGCCAGCAAAACCAGGACUGCAUGAGCUACGCUAAUCAGACGGAGAAUCACAGUGUCAGCACAUUACAGCGGACCAACUGUGUGUUUUUACUGGUUCUGGAUCAGUCUGAGAGCUGCAGAUGAUGAUGGACACGUCUGUGCGAAGCCUGUAAAUAUCAGGUGUGUGUGUGUGUGUGAUGACUAGCAUGAGGAGUGUGCUUGUCUCAGAUCAGUCCUGCCUGCACCUUCCCCUUCUCAGUUUUAAGUUUCAGCUCUUGAAGGUUAUCUCUCUAUUAGAGCUGUGGCCAGAAAUGGAUUCUGAAAUGUUUUAAAUUUGUAGAUAUUCUCUCUUGAAUCGAUUCUGAGCAUAGAUUUUAAAGCAGACGGCGCUCUAGGCUAGUUUAUAACAGCAGAGGGCGCUCUAGGCUAGUUUAUAACAGCAGACGGCGCUCUAGGCUAGUUUAUAACAGCAGAGGGUGCUCUAGGCUAGUUUAUAACAGCAGAGGGCGCUCUAGGCUAGUUUAUAACAGCAGACGGCGCUCUAGGCUAGUUUAUAACAGCAGACGGUGCUCUAGGCUAGUUUAUAACAGCAGAGGGUGCUCUAGGCUAGUUUAUAACAGCAGAUGGCGCUCUAGGCUAGUUUAUAACAGCAGAGGGCGCUCUAGGCUAGUUUAUAACAGCAGACGGCGCUCUAGGCUAGUUUAUAACAGCAGACGGUGCUCUAGGCUAGUUUAUAACAGCAGACGGCGCUCUAGGCUAGUUUAUAACAGCAGACGGCGCUGUAGGCUAGUUUAUAACAGCAGACGGCGCUCUAGGCUAGUUUAUAACAGCAGAGGGCGCUCUAGGCUAGUUUAUAACAGCAGAUGGUGCUCUAGGCUAGUUUAUAACAGCAGACGGCGCUCUAGGCUAGUUUAUAAGAGCAGAGGGCGCUCUAGGCUAGUUUAUAACAGCAGAUGGUGCUCUAGGCUAGUUUAUUACAGCAGAUGGUGCUCUAGGCUAGUUUAUAACAGCAGAGGGCGCUCUAGGCUAUUUUAUAACAGCAGACGGCGCUCUAGGCUAGUUUAUAACAGCAGAGGGCGCUCUAGGCUAGUUUAUAACAGCAGAGGGCGCUCUAGGCUAGUUUAUAACAGCAGACGGCGCUCUAGGCUAGUUUAUAACAGCAGAGGGCGCUCUAGGCUAGUUUAUAACAGCAGACGGCGCUCUAGGCUAGUUUAUUACAGCAGAUGGUGCUCUAGGCUAGUUUAUAACAGCAGAUGGCGCUCUAGGCUAGUUUAUAACAGUAGAUGUUGCUCUAGGCUAGUUUAUAACAGCAGAGGGCGCUCUAGGCUAGUUUAUAAAAGCAAAUGGCGCUCUAGGCUAAUUUAUAAAAGCAGAUGGCGCUCUAGGCUAGUUUAUAACAGCAGAUGGUGCUCUAGGCUAGUUUAUAACAGUAGAUGGUGCUCUAGGCUAGUUUAUAACAGC